AUGGGUUGCUGUUUCAGCUCCGCCCACCGCCACCCACAUGCCCAAAAGCCCUCGAGACCCGAUCUUUCUCCGCCGUUCCCUCCGGCGAUGCCAUGUAGGAACGCCGACGCGACACGUGCCGCGGCCAUGCUCGUCGAAGAAGAAGAUGAAGAGGAGGUUGCCGUCAAGGAAGUCCUCUCCGAAACACCUCUGCCGAAACCUCGCCCUCCACCUCAAACGACAGUCGACGACAGUGCAAAAGCCGAGGCUCUUUUCUUGCCUAAGCUUCAAGAAUGCACACUGGAAGCUCAAGCUCCGACCGGAGACAAAGAAGAGGAUGUCGCCGAAGUUGUUUCCGAGUGUUCAGAGCUAUGCAGCGUCGGCGAGAGCUUCUCCACCGCCAGUGCCACUACGGCGACCACUGCUACUACCGUCGCCGAGAGGAAGGAGAUCGAAGUGACGAGCAGAGACGAAGGAGAAGUCACGCAGAGAGUGAUCAAGAGAUCUCCCAUGAAGUUGCAGAGGAACCGUCCCUACUCCGGAGAGCAGGCGGCGAGACGAGCGGCGAGAUCUCCGGCGAGACGAGCGGCGAGAUCUCCGGCGAAGAAGCCGGAGCUUCCCAAGGCGGCGGCGGCGGCGACGACGACGAUGCAGCAGCGGAGCCGCAUGGGGACUACAACUGCCGCAUUGCGGCGAGACCAGAGCGAUGGCCUCGGUCGGCGGUCGAGGUCGCCGGCGACCAGGAACGGCGGUGGAGGGAGGAGGAGCGGGGCGGGGGGCAGUCCGCUGAAGAAGGCCGGGAAUGCCGGCGGCAGGUCCGCGGCCGCGUCGGCCGGCGGCGACGUGGACAAGAAGGAUUUCGACACGGGCGGGGAGGGAGGAGGAGACGACGGGGAUUCGAAGCAGGGGAAUGAGUCCGUCGAUAACCCUCUUGUCUCGUUGGAGUGCUUCAUCUUUCUGUGA